CAACAGUCUGACGGAAUCUCGUCAAGUGUCCCGUGUUGUUGCUGACGUUGAGGGAGGGAGAGUCGGUUAGUUGGUAGAAAAUUGGUGUUUUAGCAGGAAAAUAGCAAUGGAUACCCAGAAAUACACCCUCUCGUCACUCAAGCAGGACAUUGUGGAUAAUAAUUUGCACGUGAAGGCAAUAAUUCAGGACAUUCUCGCCUUUCGGGGCUCCCUGGUGGAUCUGGAGAAUCUCAAUGAGGCGGGCAGAGCAAAGAUAUCCGCCCUGCGGAAGUGCAUAGAGCGAUUGGACGACUGGGCGCGCGAUGAGGGUGAUCCUGAGGUGGCCAAAGAUGUGGAUUCGCACAGACAGCAGUUGACGAGGACUCUGCAGGCCUUCCGGAAGGCCAAUGUGUCCACGAUGCUGGAGAUCGAGAAGGCUGACAAGCAGGAACUGCUCACGCCGUCCGGAGAGAAUGAGCUGCGCCAGAGACAGACCCGCCUGAAUCGCUCGAGUCUCGUGUCACAGCAGGAGAGUGUGACGGACAAGAUGCUCUCCAUCUCCAGACACCUGUCCGAGACCACGCAGAAGAGCGCCGCCACGCUGGACACGCUCAUCGCCUCCUCGUCCACCGUGGAGGGCACGCGUGAUGAGCUGGUCAACACCGGCGGCACCAUCACGCAGUCCGGGAAGCUGCUCAACAAGUACGGCCGGCGCGAGUGCACGGACAAAAUCGUGCUGCUGUUCGCCUUCAUCUUCUUCCUGGCCUGCGUCUUCUACAUCGUCCAGAAGCGCCUCUUCUAAAGGCAUUCCGCUACUCCCUCUUCACCAGGUGAUCCGUCGCAAUUGGCGCAAUCACCAAUCAGUCCACGCGCACUGCAAAGAUAAUGGCAAAAGUCCGUUGAAAGUAGGAUUUCCAACAUUCUCUAUUGUGAUUUUACUGAAGGAUUUCGUAAUUGAAUAAACUUUUAAAUUAUUAUUCCGAAA